UAAGCCGCUGGUUUCCAAUGCAAAUCGAAGGCGCGAGUGGAAGCCGGUAAUAUAAAACGUAAACAGAAACGUACGGGAAGACGAUACUCAGAAUCAUGUUUCGUGGUAUUUAUCCUACUGUGAACAAGUAUUUCCUAAGAGGUAUUAGCCAAGUCCACACCCCUUCAGUUGCUGUCAUUGAUUAUGGUGCUGGGAAUAUGCGCAGCCUGGACAAUGCACUCAACUACCUUGGCUAUAGAAUCCGCACAAUUAAAGACCCUAAAGAGAUAGCAUCUGUUGAUAAGUUGAUACUUCCAGGUGUUGGAGCAUUUGGCAGUGCCAUGAAGAGAUUACAAGAUAAAGGAUUUGUUGAGCCACUACAGGAGUAUAUAAAACAAGACCGGCCUUUUAUAGGAAUUUGUCUUGGAAUGCAGAUGCUGUUCAGUGGCAGUGAAGAGUUCCCAGAUGCUACAGGGUUAGGGGUAAUUCCAACACAAGUGAAGCUGCUUAAGUCCCCAGGGCUUGUCGUGCCCCACAUGGGAUGGAAUGGUAUGAAUAUAAGGCGUGAGGGUUCACCACUGAUCACCCCUGGGGAAUACAACAAUGAAAAGGUGUACUUUGUCCAUUCAUUUGCUGCCCCUUUAGAUGACAUCACAAAAGACUGGGCUUUGGCAACCACGACUUAUGGGAAUGAGUUUGUUUGUAUGGUUAACCGUGGUAAUAUUGCUGCCAUGCAAUUUCACCCUGAGAAAAGUGGUGCUUUUGGUCUUCAACUUCUGAAAAACUACUUGACAAAGUUUCCUGUAGAGAAAAAAAGCACACUUUCUCCCCUGUUACCAGCCACAAGACAAACAGAGCUUGCUAAACGAGUCAUAACAUCACUAAAUGUCCGUACAAAUAAUAUGGGGGAAUUAGUGGCAACCAAAGGUGAACAAUUUGAAGUAAGAGAAAUCAUCUCUGAUGAUGAGGGUAAUAAACCUGUCAAAGGUGACGUCAAAGCUGUUGGUGACCCAGUUGAGCUGGGAGAGCGCUUUUUCAGUGAUGGUGCUGAUGAAAUUGCUUUUCUCAAUAUCACAAGUUUUCGUAGCUCACCUAUCCAUGAUUUAGCCAUGCUGAAACUGCUGCGUAAAUGUUGCGAGAGGAUCUUUGUACCCUUCACUGUGGGGGGUGGUAUCAGGGAUAUUUAUGCUCUUGAUCCUGAUAGUGUGGAAGAAGGCAAGCCUGUGAUGAGACAGUUCUCUGCCCUUGAAGUUGCUGCCAUGUACUUCAAAUCAGGUGCUGAUAAAGUAUCAGUAGCCAGUGAUGCAGUCUAUGCAGCGGAAGAAUUCAUUGCAUCAGGCCACAAGAAAACCGGAAAAACUUCUAUUGAGAAGAUUGCAGAGCGGUAUGGCCGCCAAGCAGUUGUCUUAGCUGUUGAUACCAAGACUGUUUACGUCCCCUCCCCUGACAGUACUAAACACCAUACAGUCAAGGCCCGGUACCCAGGCCCUAAUGGUGAGAAGUAUGUAUGGUGGCAAUGUACUGUCAAGGGAGGGAGGGAGACACGUGACGUUGGCGCCUAUGAGCUGGUUAAGGCGUGCGAGGAGCUAGGAGCAGGAGAGAUUCUGCUGAAUAACAUUGAUAGGGACGGAACCAACCACGGCUAUGAUCUCGACUUGGUAAAGAUGGUCAAAGGAGCCGUCAGCAUUCCGGUCAUUGCGUCCAGCGGUGCAGGUCACGUGUCGGACUUCGUCGAUUUGUUCCGAGAGACGAAUGCAGACGGCGCGAUGGCCGGUGCCAUAUUUCACCGAGGCGAAGUCGAUAUUACUGACGUCAAGGAACAUUUAAGGAACGAAGGCUUCACGGUCAGACUCUAGGCCAUUACGUAAUGCUUGGCUAUGCCUUCAAGCUCAUAAUGUCCUCUGAUGUCACGUAUAUGAAAACCACGGCGGAGUCACGGAAAUGUGCAGUCGCGAUGAAAGUGUGAAUUUUAACUUAAAAAUAUAAUAUAUAUCAUUGAACUGAACUAUGUAUAACACCUAAAUCUGUAUAGGGGCCGACCAUUUGAUAUCUGAAAAGUACAGAUUAUUUUCCUUUUUGAUUUUUUUUUUUUGUGACCAGAUGUUUUGCUCAAUUUUUAUUUCUUUGAAAUGCCGCUGGACCAAGGAUUGCUUUGUUCGAGAAGGUUGUUUGCUGUUUUCGGGGGAUAUUCGUCACCAACCCGUCUGAUAUCAAAUGGUUGGCCCCCAAGGGGGGAAGGGUCUAUUUACCAAAUAUAACGGAAUUGUAAAUACUUUAAUGCACUAUUACAAAGGAGUCUUCAUGGCGGAUUUUCAUGUUGAAUUAAUUUUUUUGGCUUUUCAGACAUUUGUUUUUCGAUCUGGAUUUUUGUAAUUUGGAGGGCUGUGUUGGGAAAUUGAACUCACCUCAACAUCAAUAUGGCAGACAUAAAAUUACUAUUAUGCUUUUUACAAGGUGUUCUUAUUAUUUCUUAUUUAUUUAUAACUGUGCUUCAGAAAUGUUCAUUAUGAAAACAAGGGUGAUUUUAAAAAUCACUUAUAUUUGGGGGUAAUAACGAUAAUAUAAUGGGAAAAAAUGUAUCUAAUCUAGCCUAUCUUUGAUACAACUGAUGUAUUUAUAUUUUUUAUGAAUUAAUAAAUUUGUCUUGAAUUCAA